AGCCGGCAGGUCCGGGAGGCCGCUCCGGCGCUGCCCCGCUCUCAGGCCCGCCUCCCCCGCGCCGCGCCGGGCCCGCCCCUCACGCAAGGUGCAGGCUGCCGCCGGGCCUGCGGGCCGGGCGCGCAGGGCUGCGCUGAGGUCGGGCCAGGAGAGCGGCCGGAGGCAGUGGCCUGGUGCGGGCCCGGCAAGUGCGGCCCCGGCAGGUGCGUGUGCGGCGGGGCCGGGCCGGGCCGCUCCGGGGCGGGGUGAGGGAACUCCGGCGGCUAGCGGUGGGAUUGAAGGCCUGGGCCUGGCGGCGGCUCCGCUAGGCUUGGCAAGGCCCGGCCGGUGCGGCGGGCGGUGUUGGGGCCGCGCCUUUUCCCCGCUGCUUCUCGCGUACCUAGCAGGAGAAGCUGCGAGGGAUCCUGCAUUGCCUUCAUGGCUGUCAGCAUUGUUUAUUGCCUGCCUAUGGAAACGAUGCGUUCCGACACACCGAACCCUGGUUCGUGGGCGUUGUGAGUCAGAGACGCUGCAGAGACUCUAGCGAAAGGUAACGUCUCUGCUUCCGGAACGCGGUUCAGGUGAGACCAAGGAUGAGUAAGUUUCAUUCCAAAAAGAUGAUGAUGUCCUGUAAGCAGUAGGAGCAAGGAGUGGAAUUAACAAGGAUAUCUUGCAGGAAAUGACCUCCCCAGCACUCAGUAAGGUGUAAGGACUGCAGCACUGAAGGAGAAACAUUCCCUUUUUGAAGCUCAUAGAGUAAAUUGCUGUCAAACCUAGAAGAAUCAACCCAAAUAAUUGCCUCAAAUACCUAAUUAUUGAGGAGACUUCAUCUUUCUGGACCAUGCCAAGAAAAAGAAAGCUGUUGGGUCAAUUAAGUGCUCUGCAAAGCAACUCCUCCUGUUUCCCUCCAUGUGAUGCUUUGGACAACCUGAGUGCCACACCAGAUGGCAAUUCUUCUCCAAAAAGCAGCAAAUAUUUUGCAGUAGAGGAAAAAAAAACUUCCCAACUAGAAGCAGAUUUUUUCAACCAGCCCUGUAUUAGCCUGGCCAAGGCCUUUCUGGGAAAGAUUUUAGUCCGCAGACUUCCUGAUGGCAGAGAACUCUGGGGGAGGAUUGUUGAAACAGAAGCUUAUCUGGGUGGGGAAGAUGAAGCUUCCCACUCAAAAGGGGGGAAGCAGACGCAGCGCAACGCAGCGAUGUUCAUGAAGCCAGGCACUCUCUAUGUCUACCAGAUCUACGGCAUCUACUUCUGCAUCAACGUCUCCAGCCAAGGGGAAGGGGCUGCAGUGCUGCUUCGCUCCCUGGAGCCCCUGCGGGGUCUGGACGCAAUGAGGGAGCUGCGCAGCGCUUCCAGGAAGGCACCCAGCAAGCUGCUGAAGGACUGGCAGCUCUGCAACGGCCCCUCCAGGCUCUGCCAAGCCUUUGGCAUUGACAAGGCUUUUGACCAAAGGGACCUGACUCAGGAUGCAGCCAUCUGGAUGAUACCUGGACAUGACCUACCAGGGGAGCAGGAUGUGGUGGCCACAACAAGGAUCGGUAUCGGCAACCGGGGAGAGUGGACACAAAAACCUCUCAGGUUUUACUUAAGAGGAAACAAAUUUGUGAGUGUUGUAGACAAGAAAAGAGAAAAGGAGAUGGCAGCAAUGGGACACAUCUCUUGCAGCUGACAGGUCAUGCAAGUGUGCCAGCACCCAGGACAUGAGCUGUGCUCUGUGUGGUGCCUCAUUGCCAGGCAGCAGCUGGGGCAGUGUGGAGGCUUUUAACAAUAAAUGUUCUUUAUCACCAGGAA